ACGACGGUGUCACGGCACUGAAGACGGACAGAUCACACACAGCUGUGAGCUGUAAGCUUGCAGUGACAUUUCAUUGACUAAUAGAUAGUUCGGUUACAAGUCAAACAUUGAGCGGUCAUCAUCGCUGUUUAAAUUGUUCAAAAGUUGGUUGCAUAAUCAACAGGAAAAGAUAGCUCGGAAAUGACGGAUAUUUCGGACGUGGGCGACCAAGCCCAAGUCCAAGUAGCUUUAGCCGAUGUCAAUAAUUUUCUAAAGUAUUUGAGAAAAGCUGUCCCUGUUUGCUUGGAAGAAGAUGUCAUAACAUCACAGGCAUUUGAAACAGCUCUUGGGGAUAAAUCCCACCAGGAAGCCAUCAGGAAAUUCAUUAGCGAUCCACAGACUAGGGCAAUAUUCAUUCAACGCAGCUCGACAAAAGACGAAGAUGCAGUUGCAGGAGACCAAAGUGGUGAAACUGAAGAUGAUAAAGAGCUUGUGACUUAUUACAUCUCAACAAAUGUGCAGUUUACCAGUUCCAAAAUGAGCAGCAUUGUUUGCAUUAAGCGUGGAGCCGUUCUUGAAGCUGACAAGCAAAUAGUGUCACAAAUUCAGUUAGUGAACUUUAGUGAAGGUUCUCCAUAUGAAACCUUGCACUCAUUUGUCAGCGGGGCUAUGGCUCCCUAUUUUAAGUCGUACAUCAAAGAAUCAGGCAGAGCAGAUACCCGUGAUGGUGACAAGAUGGCACCGUCAGUUGAGAAAAAGAUUUCCGAACUGGAAAUGGGUUUGUUGCAUCUUCAACAAAACAUAGAUAUCCCUGAAAUUUCUUUGCCGAUUCACCUUAACGUGAGUCAAGUAGUAAAGAAAUGCCUCGAAGACAACGUGAAGCCCAAGGUAGCUGAUUUCGGCGACAAAGUCGAAGAUUCAUCUUUCCUCAACAGUCUUCAAAAUGGAGUCAACCGCUGGAUCAGAGAAAUUCGCAAAGUUACACGUUUGGACCGUGAUCCUUCAUCUGGAACUGCUUUGCAGGAAAUAAGUUUCUGGCUGAAUUUGGAGCGGGCUUUGCUGCGUAUACAGGAGAAACGCGAGAGUCUGGAAGUUGCUCUAACUCUGGACAUCUUGAAGCAUGGUAAACGAUUUCAUGCUACCGUCAGUUUCGACACAGAUACAGGUCUUAAACAAGCCCUGGCCAUGGUCAACGAUUACAACCCGUUGAUGAAAGACUUUCCCAUUAACGACUUGCUUUCGGCUACUGAACUGGAGCGUAUCCGUUCUGCCGUUAUUGCUAUCUUUAACCACCUACGGAAAAUUCGUAAUACCAAGUACCCAAUCCAACGUUCUCUGCGUCUUGUGGAGGCCAUUUCCCGAGACCUUAGCAAUCAGCUUCUGAAAGUACUAAGCACUCGCCGUCUUAUGCAUGUGCCAUUUGAUGAAUUCGAAAAGGUCAUGAAUCAAUGCUUUGAAGUCUUCAAUACGUGGGACGACGAACAUGAAAAAUUCCACGGCUUGAUGAGGGACAUGGCCAAGAAGAAGCGUGAAGAUAUGAAAAGCUUUUGGCGUGUAACUCCAGCCCACAAGAAGCUCCAGUCGCGUAUGGAACAGAUGCGUAAAUUUAGGCGUCAGCAUGAGCAGCUUUGCAGUGUCAUCGGUCGGGUUCUGCCACCAAUGUUGCCUCCGCGCCAGAAUCUUGAAACCGUGGAUGUUGUUGCCCCUGAACAACAGCGCAUCACUCCUGAAUUCGCCUUGAUGAAUCCUGCUGACAUCAAUGCCAUUGAAGAGGUCAAUUUGGCAUACGAGAAUGUUAAGGUAGUCGACGGUCUGGAUAUUAGUAAAGAAGGCACAGAAGCUUGGGAAGCUGCCCUACGCCGUUAUGAAGAACGCAUCGAUCGUGUCGAAACUCGUAUUACGGCUCGUCUUCGCGAUCAACUCGGUACUGCAAAAAAUGCCAACGAAAUGUUCCGCAUCUUUUCACGAUUCAACGCCCUAUUCAUCCGGCCUCAUAUCCGUGGAGCUAUUCGUGAAUACCAGACUCAGCUGAUUCAGCGUGUGAAAGAUGACAUUGAGGCUCUGCAUGAAAAAUUCAAGGUUCAAUAUCCGGCGAGCAAAGCGUGUCGAAUGAGCCAUAUCUGGGACCUUCCGCCUACUUCUGGUUCCAUCAUUUGGGCUCGUCAGGUCGAAAGGCAACUGAAUACCUAUAUGAAGCGCGUCGAAGAUGUGUUGGGAAAAGGUUGGGAAAACCAUGUAGAAGGUCAGAAACUGAAGGCAGAUGGUGACAGUUUUCGCUUGAAGCUCAAUACUCAAGAAAUUUUUGAGGAUUGGGCGCGUAAAGUUCAACAGCGCAAUUUGGGUGUUUCGGGCCGAAUCUUCACUAUUGACACGCAGCGAACUCGUAUCGGUGGCCGAGGUAAUACCCUUCGUCUUCGCGUCAACUUUUUGCCCGAAAUCAUCACAUUAGCCAAGGAGGUGCGCAACUUGAAGAUCCUCAACUUCCGCGUACCACUGGCCAUUGUCAACAAGGCUCACCAAGCGAAUCAGCUUUACCCCUUCGCCGUUUCGCUGAUUGAAAGUAUCCGAACUUAUGAACGCACCCUGGAAAAGCUGGCUAUUGGACAGCCUUCAGCCCCUUCCAAGAUGGAAGAGAAAUACAACGUAAGUCUAUUGGCCGCUGGAAUGCAUCGCGAAGCCCAGCUGUUGAUUGCUGAGGGAGUUGGCUUGGUGUGGGAGUCCUACAAGCUCGACCCAUACGUUCAGCGUCUUGCUGAAUGUGUUUUCCAUUUUCACGAAAAGGUCGAUGACUUAUUGGCCAUUGAAGAACAAAUUGACAUCGACGUCCGCUCGCUGGAGACUUGCACCUACUCGGCUAACACGUUUUCUGACAUCUUGUCCAAGAUCCAAAAGAUGGUCGACGACCUCAGCCUUCGUCAGUACUCGAAUUUGCAGCAGUGGGUAACCAAACUGGACGAAGAGGUGGAGAAGCGUUUGGCUUCUCGUCUGCAAGCUGGAAUUCUGGCUUGGACGCAAGCUCUUGAGGGUCGCAAAGAUGCUGAUGUCGAUAAUACUAUGGAUACAGAUGUGCCUCCAGCGCCCGCCGUGAAACUUGGAGGACAGCCCCAAAUUCGCACGAUUGUUCACGAGAUUCGCAUCACGAACCAGACAAUGUAUUUGCAUCCUCCGCUACCAGAAGCUCGCACCAAGAUCUAUGAGCUGAUGUUUGCCUGGCAAGCCAUUGUUACUUCGUUGACCCGCAUUCAGAGCACCCGUUAUCAAGUUGCGCUAGAUCGCCCUACAUCUCAAACAUAUCGCGAUCUUCUCACAAAAAUGCCAGAUGGCCCGGAAGUUCUGUCUGCAGCCUAUAAUGCCAUCGAAGGUAGAAUGAAGGAGGUGAAGGUCUACGUUGAUGAAUGGUUUAACUACCAGGCUUUGUGGGACUUGCAACCGGAGAAGCUUUACGGUACCUUAAAGGAGGACAUCAGCCUGUGGAUGCGCUGCUUGAAUGACAUUAAGAAAUCACGCACCAUCUUUGAUACUACCGAAACCCGCAAGGAGUUCGGAGCAGUGGUUAUCGACUACGGUAAAGUUCAAAGCAAGGUGACACUGAAGUACGACUCGUGGCACAAGGAGGUCCUUGGCAAGUUUGGCGCAAUGCUCGGCAAUGAAAUGGCACAAUUCCACACCCACGUUAGCAAAUCACGAAGCGAACUCGAGCAGCAAUCAUUGGAAGCUGGAAGUACUGCGGAUGCAGUGGGACUCAUCACGUAUGUGCAGUCACUGAAGCGCAAGAUGAAGGCGUGGGAGAAACAAGUGGACACCUACAAAGAAGGACAACGCAUUCUGGAACGUCAGCGUUUCCAGUUUCCCAACCAGUGGCUCCAUGUCGACAACAUUGAAGGCGAAUGGGGUGCAUUCAGCGAGAUCAUUAAGCGCAAAGACAACGCCAUCCAGACACAAGUGGCCAGCCUUCAACAAAAGAUUGUGGCCGAAGAUAAAGCCGUCGAAAGUCGCACUCAAGAUUACCUAGGAGACUGGGAGAAAACUAAGCCCGUGGAGGGUCACAUGCGUCCUGAUGAGGCACUCCAGCGCUUGCAGUUGUUUGAGACAAAAUAUUCGCGCCUGAAAGAAGAACGUGAUAAGGUGGGCAAGGCCAAGGAGGCCCUGGAACUGCAAGAAACUGGACCUAUAUCGACCAAUGAAGAGCGCAUGCAGGUGGCAUUUGAGGAAAUGCAGGACUUGAAAGGUGUUUGGUCCGAAUUGCGUAAAAUUUGGGAACAGAUCGAUGAAAUGAAAGAGAAACCUUGGCUAUCAGUCCAGCCUCGGAAAUUGCGUCAGCAGAUUGAUAAUCUUUUAUCUCAAAUGAAAGAAUUGCCAUCCCGUCUUCGCCAGUAUGCAUCAUUCGAGUAUGUCCGCAAAACUCUUCAGUCUUAUGGCAAAGUUAACGUCUUGGUGACGGAGUUGAAAUCAGACGCAUUGAAAGAGCGUCACUGGAAGCAGCUCAUGAAACAGCUGCGUGUUAAUUGGAUCCUUUCAGACCUCACUCUUGGUCAGGUCUGGGAUAUUGACCUACAGAAGAAUGAGCCUGUUGUCCGUGAUGUUAUUCUGGUCGCACAAGGUGAAAUGGCGUUGGAAGAAUUCUUGAAACAAGUUCGUGAAGCUUGGCAAACAUACGAACUGGAGCUCAUCAAUUACCAGAACAAGUGUCGGCUAAUCAGAGGAUGGGAUGAUCUGUUCAACAAGGUUAAAGAACAUAUCAACUCCUUGGCUGCAAUGAAAUUGUCUCCUUAUUACAAAGUCUUCGAAGAAGAAGCUCUUACCUGGGAAGAAAAACUCAACCGAAUUAACGCUUUAUUUGACGUUUGGAUCGACGUUCAGCGUCGAUGGGUAUACCUCGAAGGUAUUUUUAGCGGUAGCGCAGACAUCAAAGCCCUUCUGCCUGUGGAAACGUCCCGAUUCCAAAGCAUCAGUUCGGAGUUCUUAACUCUGAUGAAGAAAGUUUCGAAGUCACCUAUGGUCAUGGACGUUUUGAAUAUUCCUGGCGUUCAACGUUCGCUAGAACGCCUUGCGGACCUUCUGGGGAAAAUUCAAAAAGCACUUGGAGAGUACCUUGAACGUGAGCGUGCCUCUUUCCCACGAUUCUAUUUUGUCGGAGACGAAGAUUUGCUGGAGAUUAUCGGCAACAGCAAAAAUAUCCCCCGUUUGCAGAAACAUUUCAAAAAGAUGUUUGCUGGUGUGAAUGCCAUUCUCUUGAACGAUGACAAUAACGUUAUUCUUGGCAUUGCCUCACGUGAAGGAGAAGAGGUAAUUUUCAAUACGUCAGUAUCAACUGUUGAGUAUCCGAAAAUCAAUGAAUGGCUUACGCAAGUAGAAAAAGAGAUGCGUGUUACUUUGGCCCAGCAUCUGGCAGAUUCUGUUCGCGAUAUCCGCCAGUUCAAGGAGGGUGUUAUUGAUCAACCUGCAUUUAUGAGCUGGUGCGACAAAUAUGAGGCGCAAAUUGUUGUUCUAGCUGCGCAGAUUAUGUGGAGUGAGGACGUCGAAGCGGCAUUGCAAGCAGUCAGCACAGCUGGUGACAAUUCUCUAGUGCCAGUUCAGCGUGUGCUGAGCCAAGUAGAAUCAACGCUUACCGUUUUGGCUGAUUCCGUGCUCCAAGAACAACCAGCUCUCCGCCGCCGCAAGUUGGAACACCUCAUCAAUGAAUUCGUUCAUAAACGCACGGUUACGCGACGGCUCAUACAGUCAAGCAUCACCCAUCCUAAGGCAUUCGAAUGGCUCUGCCAGAUGCGCUUCUACUUCGACCCCAAGCAGACGGAUACUCUGAAACAACUAUCCAUCUACAUGGCUAACGCCAAAUUUCAAUACGGCUUCGAGUACCUCGGAGUACAAGAUAGGCUAGUCCAAACGCCGUUGACUGAUCGUUGUUAUCUGACGAUGACCCAAGCACUAGAAUCUCGUCUAGGUGGUUCGCCUUUUGGACCUGCUGGAACGGGCAAAACAGAAUCCGUCAAGGCCCUGGGACACCAACUUGGUCGAUUUGUCCUCGUUUUUAACUGUGACGAAACUUUCGAUUUUCAGGCCAUGGGCAGAAUCUUUGUUGGUUUAUGUCAGGUCGGGGCGUGGGGCUGCUUUGAUGAGUUUAACCGUUUGGAAGAGCGGAUGCUUUCUGCCGUAUCUCAACAGGUGCAGACCAUCCAGGAAGCUUUGAAAUCACAGAAAGAUAACAAGAAAGAAGGCAGUCUAGUGAUUGAGUUGGUUGGCAAACAAGUUAAAGUAUCUCAAGAUAUGGCCAUCUUCAUUACGAUGAAUCCGGGCUAUGCCGGCCGUUCGAACCUACCCGACAACUUGAAGAAACUCUUCCGAUCUCUCGCCAUGACAACACCAGAUCGACAGCUAAUUGCUGAAGUCAUGCUCUUUUCUCAGGGCUUCAGAACAGCCGAAAAGCUGGCCCAAAAAAUUGUUCCCUUUUUCAAGCUGUGCGAUGAGCAAUUGUCAAACCAAUCUCACUACGACUUCGGCCUUCGUGCUCUGAAAUCCGUGCUGGUAUCAGCUGGAAAUGUCAAACGUGACCGUAUCCAGAAAAUCAGAGAAGACAUGGUAGAACGUGGAGAAACGUUCAUAGACGAAAGUGUUAUCGCUGAAAACCUCCCUGAACAGGAAAUCCUUAUCCAAUCCGUCUGUGAGACAAUGGUUCCGAAAUUAGUUGCUGAGGAUAUUCCUCUUCUCUUCUCGCUUUUGACUGAUGUCUUCCCUGGCAUUGCCUACACACGCGCAGAAAUGGCUGGUCUUCGAGAGCAGAUCCGUAAAGUAUGCCACGAGGAGUAUCUAAUUUGCGGCGAGAACGACGAACAAGGAUCCAUGUGGAUGGAGAAAGUGUUGCAGCUUUAUCAGAUCAGCCAACUGAAUCAUGGUUUGAUGAUGGUAGGUCCAUCCGGAUCGGGGAAAUCGACCGCUUGGCGCGUUUUACUGAAAUCGUUGGAACGGCUUGAGGGCACUGAAGGAGUGUCCCAUGUCAUCGAUCCCAAAGCCAUUUCAAAGGAAGCCCUUUACGGAGUCCUCGAUCCCAACACCCGUGAAUGGACUGAUGGUCUAUUCACGCAUAUUCUCCGUAAAAUCAUCGACAACGUUCGAGGAGAAAUCAACAAGCGACAGUGGAUCAUUUUCGAUGGUGAUGUCGAUCCUGAAUGGGUGGAAAAUCUUAACUCCGUUUUGGAUGACAAUAAAUUAUUGACUCUACCAAAUGGUGAACGUCUCUCUAUCCCACCAAAUGUUCGGAUUAUGUUUGAAGUACAAGAUCUGAAGUAUGCUACCUUGGCUACAGUAUCGCGUUGCGGUAUGGUGUGGUUUUCUGAAGAUGUUCUCACGUCUGAAAUCAUCUUUGAACAUUACCUCGCUCGUCUGCGUCACGUUCCUCUCGAAGAAGGUGAAGAGGAUACCGCCCGCACUUCGUCUGGCAAACCAGGCGAGAAGAAAAUAGAAGAAGUUUUAUCGCCUACCAUCCAAGUGCAGCGAGAUGUGGCAAAUAUUCUCCAGCUCCAUUUCUCACCUGACGGAAUGGUUAUCCGCGCUCUGGAGCAUGCAGCUACCCAUAUAGAGCAUAUCAUGGAUUUCACGCGAUUCCGGGCUUUAAACGCUUUGUUUUCCAUGCUCAAUCAAUCUGUUCGUAACAUCCUGAAUUAUAAUCAUACUCACAUGGAUUUCCCGAUGCAGUCGGAUCAGCUAGAACGCUACAUUCCCAAAGCCCUUGUUUAUGCUAUUUUGUGGAGCUUUGCAGGCGAUGGAAAGCUGAAAGCUCGAAAUGACUUGGGAGAAUUCUUAAGGGGGCUGACGACUAUUCCUCUUCCACCACCGAACAUGCCUAUUAUCGAUUACGAGGUCAGCAUCGGAGGUGAAUGGGUGCCUUGGUCUUCGAAAGUACCUCAGAUUGAAGUGGAAACUCACAAAGUGGCCACACCGGACAUUGUCGUUCCUACACUGGACACGGUGCGGCACGAGUCACUACUCUACACCUGGCUGGCCGAUCACAAACCAUUGGUUCUCUGUGGUCCACCUGGAUCUGGUAAAACUAUGACCUUGUUUUCAGCAUUAAGAGCCUUGCCAGACAUGGAAGUCGUUGGCCUGAACUUUUCAUCCGCCACUUCGCCGGAACUUCUUCUAAAAACUUUCGAUCACUACUGCGAAUAUCGUAAAACACCCAACGGCAUGGUGCUGUCACCUGUUCAGCUAGGCAAAUGGCUUGUACUCUUCUGCGACGAAAUCAACUUGCCAGACAUGGACAAAUACGGAACUCAGCGUGUAAUCUCCUUCUUACGCCAGAUGGUUGAACAGGGUGGAUUUUGGCGACCUACUCCUGGCGGUUCUAGCGGCGAGCAGUCAUGGGUCAAAAUGGAGCGCAUCCAGUUUGUCGGAGCUUGCAACCCGCCAACGGAUCCUGGCCGUAAACCCCUAACGCAUCGCUUCCUGCGUCAUGUUCCUAUUGUAUAUGUCGAUUACCCUGGACAAACAUCGCUCAAACAGAUUUACGGAACCUUCAAUCGAGCCAUGCUGCGACUUGUUCCAUCUUUGCGCACUUUUGCUGACCCAUUGACAAAUGCCAUGGUUGAAUUUUACCUGCUCUCGCAAGAACGCUUUACACAGGACAUGCAACCACAUUACGUGUAUUCUCCUCGUGAAAUGACACGUUGGGUCCGCGGCAUUUGUGAAGCUAUUCGACCGCUGGAAACGCUGUCUGUCGAAGGCCUCGUUCGUCUCUGGGCGCACGAAGCCCUACGUUUGUUCCAGGAUCGCUUGGUGGAUGAUGUUGAACGUCAGUGGACAAAUGAGAAUAUUGAUAGUGUUGGCCUGAAACAUUUCCCUAAUAUUAAUCGUGAAGAAGCUUUGGCCCGUCCCAUCCUCUUUUCCAACUGGCUCUCCAAGAACUAUAUCCCUGUGGAUCGCGAGGAACUGCGAAGCUAUGUCAAGGCACGUCUCAAAGUAUUCUACGAAGAGGAGCUUGAUGUUCAGCUCGUUCUCUUUGACGAGGUUCUAGAUCAUGUUCUCCGUAUCGAUCGAAUUUUCCGCCAGCCACAAGGUCACUUGUUACUGAUCGGAGUUUCCGGGGCUGGCAAAACAACGCUGUCGCGAUUCGUUGCUUGGAUGAAUGGACUCUCGGUUUUCCAAGUCAAAGUCCAUAACAAAUAUACCGCUGCUGAUUUUGAUGAAGAUCUUCGUCAGCUGCUACGUCGAGCCGGCUGCAAGGAUGAGAAGAUUUGUUUCAUGUUGGACGAGUCCAAUGUCUUGGAGUCUGGAUUCCUAGAAAGAAUGAAUACCCUCCUGGCCAACGGAGAAGUACCCGGUUUGUUCGAAGGUGAUGAAUAUACUACGCUCAUGACGCAAUGCAAAGAAGGUGCUCAACGAGAAGGCCUCAUGCUUGAUUCGGCUGAAGAACUCUACAAGUGGUUUACGCAUCAAGUUAUGCGUAACCUUCACGUCGUCUUUACGAUGAAUCCUUCAUCAGAAGGAUUGAAGGAUCGCGCAUCAACAUCUCCAGCCUUGUUCAAUCGUUGCGUACUGAACUGGUUUGGGGAUUGGAGUGAUUCUGCAUUCUUCCAGGUCGGCAAGGAGUUUACCAACAGAGUGGAUCUUGAACGACCCAACUGGAUUGUCAGUGAUCACUUCCCGGCGGCUUUCCCGGCUCUACGUUUACCACCUUCACAUCGUGAUGCGGUAAUCAAUGCAACGGUGUACGUCCAUCAGACGCUGCAUCAUGCUUGCGCACGACUGAUAAAGCGAGGUGGCCGCAGCACAGCCAUCACUCCCCGCCAUUACUUGGAUUUCAUAAACCAAUUCGUCAAUUUGUAUCAUGAAAAACGUUCUGACUUGGAGGAGCAACAGCUUCAUUUGAAUGUCGGUCUGAAUAAGAUCGCUGAGACUGUGGAGCAGGUCGAGGAGAUGCAAAAAUCUCUAGCUGUGAAGUCACAAGAGCUUCAGACGAAGAACGAGGCUGCCAAUUCGAAAUUGCGCCAGAUGGUGAAAGACCAAAACGAGGCCGAGCAGAAGAAAAUCACUAGUCAAGAGAUUCAGGCCAUGAUCGAAAAGCAAACCCACGAGAUUGCUAUCAAGAAGAAAGAUGUUAUGGCUGACUUGGAUCAAGUGGAACCGGCCGUUAUCGAAGCCCAACAGGCCGUCAAAGGCAUUAAGAAACAGCAUUUAGUUGAGUUGAAGUCGCUCAACAAUCCUCCAGCUCCAGUUAAAUUGGCUUUGGAAGCCAUCUGUCUUCUUCUAGGAGAAGCCACAUCCGAUUGGAAGACCAUCCGUUCCAUUAUUGUCCGUGAAAACUUCAUUUCGACGAUCGUUAAUUUCUCCACCGAAGAUAUUUCCGAUAACGUCCGCGAUCAGAUGAUCAACAAAUAUCUUAACAAUCCUGACUACAACUUCGAUAAAGUUAACCGGGCUAGUGUUGCUUGUGGACCGCUGGUAAAAUGGGCAACGGCACAGGUCAACUACGCUGACAUGCUGAAGCGCGUUGAACCGCUGAGGAACGAACUAAAAAGUUUAGAAAAACAAGCAGAUGUCAACAAAAAACGAGGCGAAGAGACGACGACGUUGAUCGCUACCCUUGAGCACAGUAUCGCUUCAUACAAGGAAGAGUAUGCCUUACUCAUUUCGCAAGCACAAGCCAUCAAAAUGGAUCUCGAGACGGUCCAGGGUAAAGUAGAUCGCAGUAUUGGCCUGCUGAAAUCCCUGGGUAUUGAGAAAGAACGUUGGGAGGCUUCGAGUGAAACUUUCCGUACCCAGAUGUCAACCAUUGUUGGUGACACUCUUCUAUCGUCCGCUUUUUUGGCGUAUGCCGGUUACUUUGAUCAGCAGUACCGUCACAGUCUGUUCACUCGGUGGUGUUCACAUCUUCAGGCGGCUAACAUUCAAUACCGCUCGGAUAUUGCCCGCACGGAAUACUUGUCCAAUCCAGACGAGCGACUACGUUGGCAAGCCAAUGCCCUUCCGGCAGACGAACUGUGCACAGAAAACGCUAUUAUGCUGCGUCGUUUCAACCGCUAUCCGUUGAUCAUUGAUCCGUCUGGCCAGGCAACUGAAUUCAUCAUGAAUGAGUUCAAGGACCGUAAAAUUACACGAACAAGUUUCCUGGAUGACGCCUUCCGUAAAAACUUGGAAUCCGCCUUGCGUUUCGGUAACCCGCUCCUAGUACAAGAUGUCGAAAACUACGAUCCCAUUCUCAAUCCCGUCCUGAACCGCGAAUUGCGACGCACUGGUGGUCGCGUUCUAAUUACAUUGGGAGAUCAAGACAUUGAUCUUUCACCAUCUUUCACCAUUUUCCUAUCAACUCGCGAUCCAUCUGUGGAAUUCCCACCUGACAUUUGCUCUCGUGUCACGUUUGUGAACUUUACCGUCACGCGCAGUUCGCUGCAAAGUCAGUGUCUUAAUUCCGUUCUCAAAGCUGAACGACCUGAUAUUGAUGAAAAGCGAUCAGAUCUGCUUAAACUACAAGGAGAGUACCAUUUACGUCUGCGUCAGUUGGAGAAGUCUUUGCUUCAGGCGCUAAAUGAUGCCAAAGGCAAGAUCCUUGACGAUGAUUCAGUAAUAACGUCUCUCGAAACGUUGAAGCAAGAAGCUUCUGAAAUCAAUAAGAAAGUAGAGGAAACGGACAAGGUCAUCGGAGAAAUCGAGACUGUUUCUCAGCAAUACAUGCCGCUGUCGCAGGCGUGCAGCAAUAUAUAUUUCACGUUGGACUCGUUGAGUCAGGUCCACUUCCUGUAUCAAUAUUCGCUACACUUCUUCCUCGACAUCUUCCACUCUGUGCUGUAUAAUAAUGUACGGCUCAAGGAAGUUAGCGACUAUGGCCAGCGUCUCUCCAUCGUGACGUCAGAUCUUUUCCAAGUGGUCUAUUGCCGCGUCGCUCGUGGCAUGUUACACAUUGACCGCCUUACUUUCGCUAUCCUUCUCUGCCGGAUUCAUCUGCGGGGCCUUAACUCUGAACCACACUUGGAUGCCGAAUUUCAACACUUUUUGCGGGGCAAAGACGGAGUCCUCAACAACACCGAUUUGCCUGAACUUAAAAGCCUUGGUCUAAGCAGCGAGGAAAUCGAUGCCUUGGCUCGGCUUUCGAUGAAAUUGCCAACUUUUAAAGGCCUUGUGAAGCGAAUCAAUGAGUCGUCCGACGAAUUCACUCAGUUCCUACAUCACAACGUGCCUGAAUCAUGUGUGCCUGCCAUUUGGGACACCGAAAAGUCAUUGAGCGCCAUCAGUCAGGCAAUGAUGAAACUCUUGGUUAUCCAGGCAGUUCGUCCCGAUCGAGUAAUUGCAGCUGGUCACCAACUUGUUGAUGCUGUUUUGAAUGAGACGUUUAUGCCAGCUGGUGAGAAAGAAUUAGAUCUCGCCAAGAUUGUUGACACAGAGGUGAAAGCUGGAACUCCGGUUCUCCUCUGUUCCGCACCCGGCUUUGACGCAUCUGGUCGUCUCGAUGAUUUGGCUACCGAGCUCAAUCGACAAAUAACGAGCAUUGCCAUUGGUUCCGCUGAAGGUUUCAGCCAGGCUGAAAAGGCAAUCAAUUCGGCAGUAAAAACUGGAAGGUGGGUAAUGUUGAAAAAUGUUCAUCUUGCUCCCCAGUGGCUUGUCCAGCUUGAGAAGAAGUUGCAUUCUCUUCAACCACAUGCCAAUUUCCGCUUGUUUUUGACAACCGAAAUCAAUCCAAAGAUUCCUGUGAAUUUGUUACGCGUCGGGGAGGUAUUAGUUUUCGAACCACCACCUGGCAUCCGGGCGAAUCUGUUGCGGACAUUCAGCGCAGUGCCGGCUGCUCGAAUGAUGAAAGCACCAAACGAACGUACUCGCCUCUACUUCCUAUUGGCUUGGUUCCAUGCUGUUGUCCAGGAGCGCUUGCGCUACUGUCCUCUUGGCUGGGCUAAAUAUUAUGAGUUCAACGAAUCGGAUUUGAAGGUUGCAUGCGACACUCUCGACACUUGGAUCGAUACGAUGGCUUUAGGACGAACCAACCUCCCACCGGAAAAGGUGCCAUGGGAUGCUUUGAGCACUCUCCUGUCCCAGUGCAUUUAUGGUGGCAAGAUCGACAACGAGUUCGAUCAGCGUCUUUUAUCUUCUUUUCUCGCCAAGCUUUUUACGCCUAAAAGUUUCGAGGCGGAUUUCCUGCUUGUUUCCAGUCAAGAAGUGCAGUCGGCCGAUUCGUGUCGUAUAGUUAUGCCGGAAGGAAUUCGACGUGACCAGUUUUUGCAGUGGAUUGAGCAAUUGUCUGAUCGCCAAUAUCCAGCUUGGCUAGGAUUACCAAAUAAUGCAGAAAAGGUGCUGUUGACCACCAGAGGCACUGAUAUGGUUACUAAAUUGUUGAAGAUGCAACUGCUGGAAGAUGACGACGACGAUGAAGAUGAUCCAGCGUAUUUGGCUUCAGCCCAACGGGACAAAGACGAAGCCGCUGCCCAGCGCAGUGACGGACGUCCAGCUUGGAUGCGUACUUUGCUUGAAUCCGCUCGUACCUGGAUGGGUCUCCUACCCGAUUCACUUGUCACCCUGCGCCGUACAGUUGAGAACAUCAAGGACCCACUGUAUCGCUUCUUUGAGCGUGAAGUCAAUAGCGGUGCUAAAUUGUUGCAGGAUGUCCGACAAGAUUUGAACGAUGUCAUCCAUAUUUGUCAGGGCGAGAAGAAACAGACAAAUUACCAUCGCCAUAUGCUCAGUGAACUAGUAAAGGGAAUUCUACCGCGAUCUUGGCGUCGCUACACAAUUCCAGUUGGCACCACGGUUAUUCAAUGGAUAACAGAUUUCAGCUUGCGUGUGAAGCAGCUUCAGCAAGUGUCGCAGGUGGUUUCACAAAAUGGUGCGCGUGAGCUGCAAACUAUUACCGUCUGGCUUGGUGGUCUCUUCAAUCCAGAAGCUUACGUCACGGCUACGCGUCAGUGCGUGGCUCAGGCAAACAGCUGGUCUUUGGAAGAGCUUUCACUUCAGGUGACUAUUGAAGAUCAGGUAUCGUCGGUGUAUGAGGACCGCUGCUUCAGUCUUAAGGGAUUGAAGCUGCAAGGAGCUGUGAGUAAGGAAAACAAACUUCUUCUCACGUCUGCCAUGAUGACAGAUCUAUCUCUGACGCGACUACGCUGGAGCCGAGUUCAAGGGAUACAGCAAGUGGAAGCUGGAUCAGUGACACUGCCUGUUUAUCUAAACGCUAAUAGAACGGAAAUCCUGUUUACCGUUGAUCUUGUUGUCGCCAAUUCUGAAGAGAAACUCAGUUUCUAUGAACGAGGAGUUGCUUUGAUGGCUUCAACAUCACUUAACUAAAUUUGUGUUGUUGCUUCGAAUCCUUUUGUUUUCCUCUGUUUUGUUUGAUUUAUUUGGUGAUUGGAGCAUUUAGUUAGUCGCUUAAGUCGCAUUAUUGGAGCUGUUGUAUCGUAACCUUAACUAAACAGAAAUACAGUGGCAUCUUAUGUAACAUUAA